CCGCCGCGCUUCCGGUUCCGGGUGGAGUUGAGGCAGUGUCCGGCCCGGCGCGGCGGCGCGCCCCGCCAUGCCAUGUCCGCGCUGAACUGGAAACCCUUCGUGUACGGCGGGCUCGCCUCCAUCGUGGCCGAGUUCGGCACGUUCCCCGUGGACCUGACGAAGACGCGGCUGCAGGUGCAGGGCCAGAGCGGCGAUGCGCGGUUCCGCGAGGUCCGUUACCGCGGCAUGUUCCACGCGCUGUUCCGCAUCUGCCGCGAGGAAGGCGUCCGCGCGCUCUACUCGGGGAUCGCCCCUGCGCUGCUCAGACAGGCGUCGUACGGCACCAUCAAGAUCGGCAUCUACCAGAGCAUGAAGCGCCUGUUCGUGGAGCGCCUGGAAGAUGAAACGUUGUUAAUCAAUGUAAUCUGUGGAGUGGUUUCAGGGGUGAUCUCCUCUGCAAUUGCCAAUCCGACAGAUGUGCUGAAGAUUCGAAUGCAAGCUCAAGGCAGUUUGUUCCAGGGUGGCAUGAUUGGCAGCUUCAUUGAUAUCUACCAGCAAGAGGGUACCCGAGGCCUCUGGAGGGGUGUUGUUCCAACUGCUCAGAGAGCUGCCAUUGUGGUCGGGGUGGAACUGCCAGUCUAUGACAUCACCAAGAAGCACUUAAUUCUGUCAGGCCUGAUGGGUGAUACAAUCUUUACCCACUUUGUUUCCAGUUUUACAUGUGGGCUGGCAGGAGCGAUUGCCUCCAACCCUGUGGAUGUGGUGCGGACACGGAUGAUGAACCAGCGAGCGAUCGUGGGCAGUGUGGAGCUCUAUAAGGGCACUCUGGAUGGUCUUGUGAAGACAUGGAAGAGUGAAGGGUUCUUUGCACUCUAUAAAGGUUUCUGGCCCAAUUGGCUUCGCCUCGGUCCCUGGAACAUCAUUUUUUUUAUCACAUAUGAGCAACUGAAGCGACUUCCAUUCUGAGCGCUAGCUUCAUUCCACAAGUGUCAUCUCCAAGGCUCACAGCAGUGUUCUGCUGCAGCCUUCAUUUCACCAUCACCACAUUUUGAUGUUUUGUUACACGUGGGUCUGGACUCUCCUCCUCCCCCACAUUCAUGGUCCCUUGAAGGUUGUUCUGGCUGAAGUGUGUCUGGGAGGCUGAUGGCAGGUACUGCAUGCUUUGUUCCACGCAGAGGCAAGUAUUAACUGUGCACGAGUGUCUGGGCCUGAAGCAAUAUCUUCUGUGAAGAUCUGUGCAUUCCAGUGGCCUUUGGUGCAGCUGUGGUUUGUUUGACUCACGUGCAUUGUUCUGCCAUACCUGUGGGGUGAGGCUGGAGGCUGGACAAGGGGUGCUGUCAUGUUUUCUUGCUACCUGUAACCUCAUUAAAUUAUUUAUUGACUGGA